AUGUCUGUCGCCCCAGGUGUAGCAUCGCAGUUGAACCAAUUGCUCCAAGGUCUUAUUUCUUCUGAUAAUGAGGUUCGUUCGGCUGCUGAAAAGUUGAUGGAUUCCGAGUGGCGGGAUGGAAAGAAUGUUGGCAUCUUGUUGACGUUCCUUGCGGAAAACUCGGUCAGCGGCGAUGACGAAACUAUCAAAUCUUUCUCUGCUGUUUUGUUCAGGCGUAUUGCCAUUAGAAGUCCGAAAGACUUUAGCAGCAUCUCUGAAAGAACUAUUGGAGUUUUGGAUGAGGCAACGAAGCAACAAAUUCGCCUAACGUUGUUGCAGGGAUUUGCUUCCAAUCAAUCAAAUCAAGUGAGAAGGAAACUUGCAGAUGCUAUUUCUGAAGUAGCAAAAGAGGAUACUUCACCAAGAGGCACAUGGCCCGAGCUCGUGCCUGCAAUAUUUCAGUUGGCAACUAGCCCUGAUGAAAGCUUCAGAGAGUCUGCUUAUCGAAUUCUUUCAACAUCACCUGAGAUUAUUGACAAAGAGUAUGUAAAUCAAACGCUUCCAAUUUUCAGCACUGGGUUCGAAGAUGAAAGUGACGAAGUUCGUAUUGCUACUUGCACUGCUUAUGUUUCUUUCUUCCGGGAACUCCCGAAGAGCAUUUGGCAACAUUUCACGCCUUUGUUACCUAACUUAUUGAACUCUUUGCCAAGGUUUUUGCAGAAUGGCCAAGAUCAAGCCCUUGCAAACGUUUUGGAAUCACUCAUCGACUUAGUGGAGAUCGUACCCAAAAUGUUCAAGGAAAUGUUGCCAACCAUUAUUGAUUUCUGCUCAAGCGUUGCGAAAAAUGUAGAGUUGGACGGGGGAGCGAGGUUGGCUGCACUUGAACUUUUAACAACCUUCUCUGAGGUCUCUCCAGCAAUGUGCAAGCAGUCCAAUACGUACACAUCUGUUAUGGUGUCAGUGAAUUUGUCUUUGUUGACCGAGGUUAGUCCGGAUGAUGAGGACGCAGCGGAGUGGAACAAUGAGUCAAACACUGAAGAUGAUGAUGACGAGCCGGAAUACGAUGCUGCCAGGCAGUCUUUGGAUAGAAUUGCAUUGAAAUUGGGUGGGCAGUCUCUCGCAGCUCCAUUGUUCCAUUAUCUUCCAACUAUGUGCCAAUCUUCCCAGUGGAGGGAAGUGUUUGCUGCAUUGAUGGCAUUAUCUUCUGCUGCAGAGGGAUGUGUUGAUGUUCUUAUUACAGAGAUUCCCAGACUCUUGGAUAUGAUCUUGCCCACACUCAAUCAUCCUCACUCUAGAGUUCAGUACGCAUGCUGCAACGCAUUAGGCCAAAUUUCUACUGAUUUUGCCGAUGUGAUUCAGAGAACAGCAGGGGACAGAAUUUUACCUGCUUUGAUUUCAAAGCUCACCAAUAAAUCUGUUCCUCGAGUUCAAGCGCAUGCGGCCGCCGCCCUAGUAAACUUCUCGGAAGCUGCUUCAAAGGAAGUUUUGGAGCCAUACUUGGAUGACUUGUUGAGUAAUCUUUUAGGUUUGUUGCAAUCACCCAAACGAUACGUCCAGGAGCAAGUUUUGAUCACGAUCGCAAUAAUUGCCGAUGCUGCUGAACAAAAGUUCAUCAAGUAUCACGACACAUUACUUCCUAUGUUGAUUGGCUUUUUGAAAACUGACAUGGGGCCGGAAAAUAGAAUGUUGACAGCAAAAUGCAUUGAGUGUGCGACUUUGAUUUCCAUGGCUGUUGGUAAAGAUAAUUUUGCAACAUAUGGACAGGAGCUUAUCCAAAUACUAGGAGGAAUUCAAGAGUCCAUCGUUGAACCCGACGAUCCUGUCAAAUCAUAUUUGGAACAAGGUUGGGGAAGAAUCUGUCGCAUCAUCGGCAAUGAGUUUCUACCAUAUUUACCUAUUGUCUUGCCCCCUUUACUUGCUUCGGCAAAGGCGGCACAAGAUAUCUCAUUAUUGGAAGAGGAUGAAGCUGAGGACUACAACAACAAUGAUGAGUGGGACGUCAUUAAUUUGAGUGGCAAACUUAUUGCAGUCCAUACUGCUGCUUUGGAUGAUAAAGUGUCUGCUAUGGACUUGUUGAGAGUCUAUGCAACCCAACUCAAGGGUCUGUUUUUUCCUUGGGUUAAGGAAAUAGCUCAGCAAAUCGCGAUUCCUGCUCUUGAUUUUUACUUGCACGAUGGUGUACGUGCUUCCGCUGCCUUAACUUUGGCAGCGUUGUUAAAAAGUACCGUGUUUGCAACCUCCCCAACUUCUGCUGAGACCUUGGAAAUAUGGUCGCAGAUUUGUAGCAAGCUUGCGGAAGUUGCAACGAAUGAACCGGUUCCCGAGCUACUUGUGGCUUAUUAUACAGCAUUGAUAGAAUGCAUUGGAGUAUUGGGAGUGAACCUGAUCUCGUCGCAUCAAUUGCAAGCUUUAUCAGGCGCUAUCAACACCAACUUGAGUGAAAUCUUUGGUCGUAUCAACGCAAGAGAAGGAUCUGACGAUGAAUACACUGAAGCAGUUGAUGACAAUGAAGAGGAGUAUACUGAUGAGGAGCUUCUCGAUGAAAUCAAUAAAGCUGUUAGUAUAAUUUUUAAGGUUUCAAAAGUGCAGUUUUUGACUCCUUUCCAAUCUCAGCUAUUGCCACUUGCUCAUGCAUUCAUUUCGGAUGAAAACACCAAUGUCAGAUUAUGCGGAUUGUGUAUGAUUUGUGAUGUUUUUGAACAUUGUGGUUCAGCUUUCCCGCAAACAGAGUAUCUAGCUUAUAUUGUAUCUGAUUGCUUGACAGCCCCACAAGCAAGUAUCAGACAAGCUGCUGCUUUUGCUAUUGGAGUGGCAGCACAGAACGGUGGUGAGAUUUAUGCUCAGAUUUGUUCAACUACUUUGCCAACUUUAUUUGAGAUCGCAACUUUUCCAGACGCCAGGGCUGAUGAGAACCUUACAGCUACUGAAAAUUGUGUUGCCUCCAUUGCUAAAAUUUGUCGUGCAAAUGGUGCAUCAAUACCAAAUUUGAGCGAGAUUCUCCAUCAAUGGAUUACUUUAUUACCUAUUAUUCAAGAUACAGAUGCGGCCACGACUUCUUAUGAAUUUCUACUAGACUUGAUUCAAAGCAAUCAUGCUGCUGUCUCAGAACAAAAGCCCAAAGUGAUCGAUGCUGUUCUUCAGGCUUUAUCCCACAAAUCCAUUGAUGGCCAACUUGCAAGUCGUGCUGUUAAUUUAACCUCUUCACUCUUGUCCACGUUGCCACAUGAACAAGCUGUCUCGCUUUUGCAAAACUUCAGUGAUUACAGCGUAGUCAAGAAGUGGUUUACUUAG